AUACUCGUUAAGUGAGGGAGUGAGCGCUACUUUAGGUUACAGAGAAGAAGAAAGCGGAAACAUCACAAUUUCUUAGAAGAAGAAGAAGAAUGUGGAGGCGGAUACUCGCACGAGCCACACGUGCUGUUGCUGCCACCAGCAACCACUCACCAAUUCACCAUCGCAUCUCCAACCCUAAUUUACUCAAAAUCCCCAAAUCAGCAUUCCCCCAAAACCUCAAGAACCCCCGAUUUUUCUCCACCGAUUCCACACUCACCCUCCACAAUGUGCUCCCCCCGGAAGCUUUCGAAAACGGCGGCGCCGACGAACAGCCCGCGGAAGAAGGAGACACGUACGAGGUUGAUUCCGACAAGUUGGAGAGCUUGGUGCGUUUUCUCCAAACAGAUGCUGACGGGUCGUUUGAGUCGUGUUUGGAUGACUUGGAUUUGACUCUGCACCAGCAAUUGGUAGAAAAAGUAAUCGAAACCCCGUUUGUGUUGGGUGAGAAUCUGAUCAGGUUUUUCAAAUGGGCAUGGAGUGAGAGAUCAUUGGAGGUGACCACCCCAAUGGUGGAGUCUCUUAUUUUGGCCAUAUGUGGAAAUGAUGUGAGGAAGAAAGUGGUGUACUCUAUGUGGGACUUGGUCAAGGAGAUUGGAGAGAAGGAGAGUGGAAUCCUCAAUGUGAGGAUUCUGAAUGUGUUGAUACUUUCGCUCUCGAGAUUGGGGAAAGGGAAGGCUGCAUUGGAGGUGUUUGAUAAAUUUGAGGGCUUUCAAUGUGUGCCGGAUGCAGACACGUAUUACUAUACGAUUGAAGCGCUUUGUCGGCGGCAUGCUUUUGAUUGGGCUUGUGGUGUUUGUGAGAAGAUGUUGGAGGCGGGGACAUUGCCUGAUGGUGAGAAAGUUGGUGCUGUAUUGUCUUGGUUGUGUAAAGGGAAGAAGGCUAAAGAGGCCCAUGGGGUUUAUGUAGUGGCAAUGGAGAAAGGGAAACGGCCACCGAUGAAUGUGGUUAGCUUUUUGGUUGCCAAGCUCUGUGGAGAGGAUGAAACUGUGAAAUUGGCUUUGGAGAUGUUGGAGGAUAUCCCUGAGGAGAAGAGGGAGCGUGCGAUAAAGCCUUUUUUGGCGGUUGUUCGGGCAUUGUGUAGGAUUAAGGAAGUUGAUAAAGCCAAGGAGUUGGUGUUGAGGAUGAUUAAGGACGGGCCGCCACCUGGGAAUGCUGUUUUCAAUUUUGUUGUUACGGGGUAUACGAAGGCUGGGGAAAUGGGGCAAGCUGUGGAGAUGAUGAGGCUGAUGGAAAGUAGGGGCUUGAGACCGGAUGUGUACACUUAUACCGUUCUUGCUAGUGCUUAUUCAAAUGGUGGGGAGAUGGAAGAGGCUCGGAAGAUAUUGGCAGAAGCAAAAAAGAAGCAUGUUAAGUUGGGUCCUGUGAUGUUUCACACGUUGAUUCGUGGAUAUUGCAAGUUGGAACAGUUUGACGAGGCUUUGAAGUUAUUGGCUGAGAUGAAAGAUUUUGGUGUCCGCCCCAGUGUUGAUGAGUACGACAAGUUGAUACAGUCUCUAUGCUUGAAGGGUUUGGAUUGGGAAAGGGCAGAAAAGCUACAUGAGGAAAUGAAAGAGAAUGGUUUGCUUCUCAAGGGCAUCACGAGGGGUUUGAUUAGAGCUGUCAAGGAGUUGGAGAACGAGGCUGUGGAGGCUGAGAGCAUUACUGCGUUGGCGUAAACAUUGUUUUCUCCUUUUUGAGGUGAUGUGAGAGGCCUGGUAGUUGUAACUUUUUUGAUUAGGAUACCAUUUUGUUAGGAAGUUGAAAUCUUAAUUAAAAAACAAUCGAGAGGAGAAAAUCUGAGAAGUGAUUGUCCAUGUGUUUGAUGUCUUUUGUUGGCCCUUUAUGUUCUUUUAUGAUAUUGAAUUAAGUUGACCAUAUUUUA